AUAUAUACACGGUCACACAUAGAAGCAAUGAGGAGUCCAUUGCUCCAUAUGUACUACUAGUUCUUCUUUUCCCUCAACCAAAGCAAUGCGAGGCACCAGCACCACGGCCUUCCAGCAAGGUUUCCUCAAGAACUUGAUCUUGAGCCUCCAAGCCUGCAGGAGCAGCACACCUUCCUCCUCUGUGGUUGCCAUGAAUCUCCGAGAGAGGAAGCGCGCCAUCAAGUCCUCGGCCGACAUCGCCAUGGCGACCGCCCGCGGCGGCGCAGCACGGUGGCCACAGGCCAUCUUGGUUUCAUCAUCCAGGCCGCCGUGCAAGUUGCCAGGGAAGGUGCAGAGGCGCCGGAAGAUUGUGAGGAGGCGUCACCACAGGAGAAGAGAUGUCACUGGUGCUUCUCUUACAAGAACAACAAUGGCCAGUAGCAGUGAGAUUGCGAGGAGGCUGGUGAGGAAGAGGACCAAGGUUCUGAGGAGGAUGAUACCGGGAGGUGAGUUCUUGGACGAGGUCUCGUUACUUCGUGAAGCCAUGGAUUACGUUGCGCAUCUUCACGCGCAAGUCGACGUGCUCCAGCGCAUCUCGAAAGCCGUGCAACGAGAUGUAGCUAGCAUGCCAGCAUGAAGGGGGUUCUUGAACUCUUUCACCAACUGCUGAGCCAAAGGAAGUGACGGUAAAAGUUUCAGGUGAAUGGGCGGGUACAUUGUAGCAGCAGGUACUUGAGUACUUCAGAAGAGGAGGAAAAAUUCUCGCAGAAAGAAUUCUUGCAUUUAGUUGAUGAGAGAUAUGUCCCUGAUGAUCAGGCUGUGCAAAUGGUGAAGGAUAGAUCAAGAUCUUGUCCUCUUCAGAGAGGCACGGGAUGAAAAUUUGUAAGAAAGUAGUAGUUACUUUUGUACUGGAACUUAAGAGAACCCAUCGUAGUGAUAGUACCAAUUCUUUUUUGACUGCGGUAUUUUUUUACCGCUAGUAUUUGUUAUCCAUUGAGGGAGAUAUACCCAUGUAUGUUUCUUGUAAACUCAGGAGUGCUACGUAUCAUUUUAUUAAA